AUGCCGAUACGGUCAACUCAAAUCAAAACAUACUCUUGGGAUAAUGCCCAGGUUAUCUUGGUUGGGAACAAAUGUGACAUGGAAGAUGAGCGGGUCAUCUCAACAGAGAGAGGCAAACAUUUAGGAGAGCAGCUUGGGUUUGAAUUUUUUGAAACAAGUGCCAAGGACAACAUAAAUGUCAAGCAGACAUUUGAGCGCCUGGUGGAUAUCAUCUGUGACAAAAUGUCAGAGAGUUUGGAGACAGAUCCUGCCAUUGCUGCUGGAAAACAGAAUACAAGACUCAAAGAAUCCCCGCCACCACAGCAGCCCAACUGUGGCUGUUAAUGGAGUCACUGGCCAAGGCAGCCCUAGUGCGUUCUAUUGCCAAAAAAGAGCAUCCAUAAAUGGUCUAUUAGCCUUUAUUUAUAUUGUCUAUUAAUUUAUUUGAGGGAAGUCUUUAAUGUCAAUGGGUGAUAUGUGCAUACAGCUCUUUGGAAAUUUUCUGUGUCAAUAUAUGGCAAAUAUGUGAUCUUAAAUUUGUAAGGAUUAUCCAUUUAUCAACCUCUGAUAUCUGCAUGUGAAUAGUUGUUUGUCUUUUGAGUUUUUACUUUUUUUUAAAGAUUAUGCUAAAUUCAUCUAGUGCCAUGACCUCAGACUAUAAUUUUACUGCUACUUCUGAUUGCUUCAUCAAAUUCAAAUUAUGCUGCUUGUGAUCAUUCUGUGGGGCAAUGAUAAAGUAUCCUUGUUGGGGGUGGGGAAGAGGGAGUAGAAAAGAAGGCAACAAAGAUUCUGUGUUGUGUUUGCUUUCUUCUGACUUAAAAUCAAUUCUGAAAUAUUACUGGUAAUUAAGGAAACAGUCAUUGGGGCUGGUUAGCUUACAUAUUAAGUCACAUGUCCAUUUUUCACUGGUAUUAAAACUAAGAGGAAUAUUGAUUCUAAAGAAAUACAAAUAUUAUUUCCAUAACCCUCAGGUGUUGUAUGAGGUUCAAUGGUUAACCUGGCAGAAAAUUGGAUUUAAGCAUCUGUUUGUUUCUUGCUGUUGUCAAAACAACAACCAGUACUACAACAAAAUGAAACAAGCCACCUUUGCUUAAAAUGAGGCUAAACCGUGGCAGCUGUUUCUACUGAUUUUAUGCAUUAAUCUGAAUGUUUGGGUCACGGGGAAAUGGAGACGUAAUUAGAGAAUUCCAUAGCUCAGCAGAAAGCAUUUUGACUGAGACAAGGUGAAUUGUUGAGACCUCCAAUGGGUUAAAUAUAACUACCCUUCUCUUCCCUCUCCCAUCCCAUCUCCCCUCACCCAAUCUGGAACAAACCAGUUCACCUGGGUCACUCAGUCAGCAUUCUGGUCAAGGUGUUCUGAUUGUAGGAUCAGUGAGAGCUUGAGGGCACAAGGAUUAAGGUAAGAGUUUUGUCUUUUGAUUUAGGAAAACCUUUGCUCUACCUUCUUUUGGUGUGUUUUUCUGGUUGUGAAGUCUUUUUGCUUAGGGAGGACACCUUUAGGUGGUUUCUAAAACCAAUCUGGGCCUUCCCUUCCAGGUUAUUUAGGUGAUGCAAACAUGGCUUCCAAGAGGUGAAAACAGCACUUACCUCUGCCUUCAAGGCCUGGAUAUUUGGAAUACUGGCACCCCACCUUAUCUCCACCCUCAUACCAUGUGGCUUCACAAACAAAAAAUGUGUUAAUUAACUAAAAGACCUUGAAGACACUCUCUACAACUCAGUUUUGUGCAGAGUCAUUGUUUCACAAAUAUUUUGAAGGAAGGACAGGAGCCAAAUGCCUAGGUCCCUACUCCCACCUACCCCAGACUUUUUGAAGACAUAGAUGUUAAUGGUCUACUACCCACUGUGUUAAGUACAGUAAUUCCAUAUCUCAUCGUGCUUACUUAUUGAUGACUGGGAUGUGCAAGGGAUAUAAGGCAGGAGCCUUAUUAAGGGGUUUGGAAGACAGUCCUGUUAGGGGAACUUGCAAUUUGUUCAGUUUUGCCACCUGAGGAGAUGAUUAUUAACCUAAGAUAUGUGGUAUUGUUUGCAGAGUGAAAGGAUUCUUUGCUUUUUCUGUGGCAUUAUACUCAGCAUAUGAAUUUCAAAAUCAGAGACUCUUCCUCUGACAUGGUUUCAAGUGUGCGUAGCGGGGAGAGGGUAAGGGAGUUGAAGCAGGGUGGGUGGUCCAGAAAAGCCACAGAGAGAAGAAAACUGGCUA